AUGGCGGAUCAAGAAGGAGGAACAGUCGUCGGAGGAGUUCGCGAUAUUGAUGCAAAUGCAAAUGAUCUUCAAGUCGAGAGUCUCGCUCGUUUCGCUGUCGAUGAACAUAACAAGAAGGAGAACGUGACACUAGAAUACAGGAGGCUCCUUGGUGCGAAAACACAAGUUGUGGCGGGAACCAUGCACCAUCUCACUGUGGAGGUGGCUGAUGGUGAGACCAAGAAGGUCUACGAGGCCAAGGUUUUGGAGAAGGCUUGGGAGAAUCUCAAGCAUUUGGAGGAUUUCAACCACGUUCGUGAUGUUUAGUCUAUGCUCUGGCUUGAGUGAGUUCCCUUUGCCUCUAAGACUAUGUGAUUAACCAAAGUAACUCUAUUUAAAUAAGUGAAAUGUGAAUCCUGUCCAUGUGUUUCUAUUUGAUGGAUGUGUGUACGGAACUGAUGAUUUGGUGUAUCUCUGACUUUCGUUUGUGUAUUAUUGCAAGUUGUCAUUUUAUAUCUAUCUACCAUGAUUUUACUAGACAUUAUGAUGAAAUUAGAAGUAGGAUGUAAGCUCAUGAUUAAAGCUAGAGUUGGUAAG